AUGUCUGCAAUCACACAGCUCCUAGAGUGGGCUAAAGAUAACGGCUUAGAUGUGAGUCAGGCGAUACACUUUGACAAAUCAUCCGAUUCGGGAAUAGCCGCCUAUGCUGCAGAUGAUAUCAAAGGGGCGCACAUUAAAGUACCCAUUUCGCUUGCCCUCAAGCUUUCGGAUGCCAUUGAAGGUCUUGGACCUGAGUUUGAGGAGCUUUCGAAGAAAACUAAGAAUAUCAAUGUCGUGCUGAAAUUGUUUCUUGCUCGUGAGAGAGCGCCAAAGUACGUCAACGAAUCGAAAUACAAGGCUUAUAUUGAGCUGCUUCCUCAGUUCCCAGAGAUGAGGGCGAGCCCAUACCUUUGGAGCGCCGAAGAAGUGGAUCGCUUGAAGGGUUCCAAUUUAGGCAGCUCUUUACGUGACAAUAUUGCAAAUUUGGUGGAAGAGUGGUGGCUGAUAAUUAGUGUUUUGCCUGAGGCGAUGGAGAAGCCUACAGAGCAUUUCAUUAACAUGAAGUUCUACUACGAGCAGAAAUUCCACAGCAACCAGGAGCUUUUCGAGUACAUAGUCAACGAGGGGGCGAACUUCGCCAAUUGGACUUCUUUUCCAAGCUACCUUUGGGCGGCGAUGAUUUUCAAGUCGAGGUCUUUUCCAGGGUACUUGCUCAAGGAUUGUCCCUCAGCGAAGGAGAUCGACUCUCAGAAGCAAGACAGUGCAAUUCUUUUGCCCGUUGUGGACUUGUUAAACCACAACCCCUUAUCUGAAGUGUUUUGGUCUUGUCAGAACGACUCAUUUGUUUUUGAAAGCAAGAGUGCCCUAGCAAAGGGCGAACAGCUCUUUAACAAUUACGGUCAGAAAGGCAAUGAAGAGCUUCUAUUGGCGUACGGAUUCUGUAUUGAAAAUAACGAGGCAGACUCUGUUGCUCUCAAGGUCAAAGUGCCCCUUGAUAUGUUACCUGUUUUGGAAGCUAAUGGAGUUAAGUUACCUAGCAUUUCUGAUUAUACCACCUCGGUGGUUCCAAACGAAGGAAAGCUGGAUGCAGAUAAGUAUGAUGAGUACAGGGAUGGUCUUCUUUUCUUCAUCACCAAGCAGCAUAUCCCAGAUAAUCUCGUGCUUCUCUUUCAAUGGCUUGUGAAGACGAAAUGGGAGAAAACUCUCACCUUGAGAAUGAAGCUCAGUGGCCUAAAUCACUUGAGACAGGCAGUGGAAUCCAAAGCAGCUCUAUUGGACUACUCUGGGCUCCUGGCCAGCUCCCCAAACCAUAACAUAGUCAACACACGUAUCUACCUCAAGCUGCAGAAGAAGAUCUUAGAUUCUGCUGUUAAGCAUAUCAAACACAUUGAAAAGGCGCUUUUGGACGAACACAAGAACAGUCUCUUAACCCUCAAGAGUGUUUUUAAGAAGGAUAUCAAGUUUGCCAACUCCUUGCUUCUUACAAUGGGUGUUACAUCGUGGGAUGAUAUCGCAGAGAAGCAGUUGAUGGACCAAGUCUGGCUCCUUUACCUCAUCAGAUGCUAUAAUCGAGACGAGUAUAUCGUAAGCAAAGAAGAUGAAGAAGAAAACUACCUACCCAAGUGGAUCCAAAAGGCGUUCAAGAAAAUGGAUGCGGAUACUGAGAUGGACGCUACCGAAGUGGUCCAGUUCAGACAACUCUAUGAAAACUUAAUUCUCCCCAUGAAUGAGGCAGUUCCAGAAAUCUACAACAAAGGCAAGUGGACUGUCCGAGAGCUCAUUGUCAGCACAAAGCUCCUAGACACCGUCGGUUUUGUCCGUGGCAAAGAACAAGAGUGUAUCUUGGUCGCCCCAGAGUAA